AUGGCGAAAGUGUACCCUCAAGUACCAAGUUUUUCUCCCCACAUGACUUCAAAGAGAGAAUCAUUUACUGUAUGGAUGAAAUCUCUUGUUUAUCAGACAAAUGGGUGCACUGUUUACAACACAAAUGGUGAUAUAGUUUAUCGUGUCGACAACUACGACAAGAAAGGUAGCAAUGAAGUUCAUCUCAUGGAUCUCCAAGGCAAAGUUCUUUUUACUAUACGACGGAAGAAACUUCUAGCUUUUGGAGGGUGGGAUGGAUAUAGAUGCAGCGAUUCUUAUAUAAACGAAAAGAAGCCAUGGUUUCAAGUUAAGAAGUGCUAUAGAAUAUUGCUCAAGGGAGACUUAGGUUUCCAAGUUACUGUCGGCUGUGACAAGUUCUGGAUAGUUCGUUUGGCUGGAAAAACAGCAUUUAGAAUAGUGAAUAUUGAUGGAGAUAUUGUUGCAGAGGCAAAACCAAAGCAGGCAUCUUCUGGGGUACUGUUGGGCGAUGAUGUUUUGGCUUUGGUGGUGGAGCCUCAUAUGGAUCAUUCCCUUAUGAUGGCUCUAUUGAUUGUCUAUGGACUGAUUCGACGUAGAAUGUGA